CAGCAUGUUUCGUGUGUCGCACAUCUACGUUGGGGUCCUUGCCCUCGUCCUUUUCUGCCUGUUCUCCUGCGCCCACGGCUGGGACUACUGCCAGGAGCAUUGGUGCUCUCGCCCAGCCCUGCAGCACGUGGCCUGCAACAACAACGGCAGUCUUGGAGCGAAGUGCAAGAGCGGCGCCAGGCUGAUACCAAUGAGUGCGGAUAUGCAGCAGUUCAUCGUCCGCCAGGUGAACCUCUACCGCAAUCAGGUGGCCUCCGGCGCAUUUAGAAAAUGGCCGCCCGCCGAGCGCAUGGCCACCGUCCAGUGGGACCCCGAGCUGGCAAAAUUGGCAGAGUUGGCGGUCAAGCAGUGCCACCUUGCCACCGACAACUGCCGCAACACCAGGCGCUUCAAGCACGUAGGCCAGAUCGUGGGACACGUCAUCUUCAGCGCCAAUCGCUUCAGCCAACGCCAGCUGAUCGGCCACAAGAUCUACAAUUGGUUCAAUCAGUACAAGAAGGCAACAGCAGGGCUCGGGCUGGGACUCCGCAAGGACAUCACCAGCUUCCGCCAGCUGAUCCAGGAGCGUGCCACCCACAUGGGCUGUGGCGUUCUCCAGCAGCAGCGCCACCGCUGGCAACAGCAGUUCAUUGUCUGCAACUUCGCGCGGCAGAAUGUGCACCACGAGCCAGCCUAUGCCAUCGGCCACAAGGCGGCUGCCGGCUGCCAAACGGGCACCAAUCCCCAGUUCCCCAAUCUGUGUGCCGUGGAGGAGCCCUUUGAUGUGAACGCCGUGGAUCGUUAUGUGCCAAAGCCGACGCUUCUCAUCAAAAUGAAGUACAGUGAGGACGGCAUGGAGUCAAUUUCAGCCAAGUCCAGGCCCAAGCGUGCCUAAACAUUUGACUGACGUUCUAUUAGAGGAUUCUCACUCAAAUACACAUACGUGAAUACCCAUCCGGGGUAAUCUA